AUGUUGACAUUCAGCCCAGACUGCACGUUGCCAGAAGGUACUGUCAACUAUGUCUCAUCACCGGAUAUCCGAGGCACGCUCGAUGUGUUAUGGAGUUGUCUGUCGAUUCUGCUGCUGUGUACCUGGACCGUGCAACACCUGAAUGUCCCAUUCAAGCGCAACCCACCAACAAAAUUAGCACAACUUCUACAGGAGCUUCUCUUGGUGGGAGAAAAGGCAUUCUGGAUGUUGAUCAAUUUGAUUUUCCCGGAGUGGAUGUUUGGAAAGGCGCUGCUGGACCUGGUUUCUGCAAGAUACUGCCACAAGGCCAUGGAACCCUACGCGGAGAACGAUGGAAGGGAAUGGACUCUGUCGCACUCUUUCUUUGCAAAUAUUGGCGGUUUUGCCAUUGUGUUCUCGGAUGACACACCUGUUCAGUCGGAGGUCAAGGCAGAUGGAAGCGACGAUGCCACUACAGAAAAUUCGAGCUUGGAAGGGACGAAUCCAACAGAACUAGAAUGCCCUGACCUGCUAAGCGGUCAAAUUCCUUUGGUCCAUCGGCAGAUGAGCGGCAAUAGAAACUAUCUUACACGAUUUGAGCGGCCGAGUCCUUCCGAUGACAAUAUUUGGAAACCGAAUGCCAAAAACUACGCCCUAGCGAAUCAAGCAAUAGCCAAUGCCACACAGAGUGUCCUCUUUUCGAGAUUUAAUGCCUGUUGUCGGAACAUUGUCUCUCUUCAGGGCAAUGUCUGGAUCCUUGAUGCCGCGCAACUUACCAAAGCCCGAAAAUUUGGCAUCAUAGACACACUUCCCGACGUGACAGAAGAACAGAUCAUGAACCAGACUAAAGGGGACACUAUAGUCAAAGCUUUGGCUCUCGGCCAGAGUUUGUGGAUGAUUAUUCAGGUCAUCGGCCGUCGUGCGACGGGUUUGAACUCGUCGCAGCUCGAGAUUAUGGCAGUUGCUUUCAGCGUGGUGGCCUUCCUAACAUAUUUAUGUCUGUUAUCCAAGCCACAGGGGAUUGCAUGUGUGACUCCUAUUCAUGCUUCCAGGUACGCAUCGGUGGAAGAGUUGCUGGAGAUCGGUCUAGUCGGGCCCGAGUCGUUUCUCCAGCUACCGCGGACUCCUUAUAUUGGCAACCAUUACUUACCACAGUAUGGCCCACAAAACGGAAUGUUGUCAAGGGCAACAGUAACGGUCGUCGGAGGGGUGGGUGGCCUAGUUUUCGGAGCAAUUCAUUGCGCGGCCUGGUCUUACCAGUUCCCAACAGAAACAGAGAGAUUGCUCUGGCGAAUCUCGUCUGUGGUUGCCUGUGCCAUUCCGGCCAUCACCACUUUGGCGGCUGCCAGACAGUGGCCUGCUAUAUUGCUGGCUUUGGUGAAGCAAAAACCCCCACCGGCGCCGAAAACGAAUAAUAAAAGCGGCCACUUUCUGGACCAUUUUGCUGCGAAGACAAAAGACGUGCCGAUUGUCUAUAUCCUCCUCCUGGGCACGUAUGGGUCGAUUGUUACCCUGGCGACUGUGGUAUAUGCUGCAUCUCGUCUGUAUCUAAUUGUCGAGAGCUUUCGGUCUCUGGGCUUCUUGCCGCCGUCGGUAUUCUCGACAGUCAACUGGUCUAUUUCAAUACCGCAUGUAGAAUAA